AUGCCAAAUGAAAGAAUCCCCCACUCAAGUCAAACUCAGGAGCCAGACUGUUCACAGAGCCAGGGUGUCAGUGGCAGUGAAGAGGGGACAGUCAAGCAGGAGAAGGGUGGUGACGUGGACCUGGGGCAGAGCCUCCCCUCUUGUUCCUCUGCUGAUGGACCCUCCAGUUCCACCGAAGGGUGUCUCUUGGAACUUCCCAGGAGAGGGCCAGCCCUGCUGCACAUCGACAGGCAUCAGAUCCAGGCGGUGGAGCCCAGUGCGCAGGCCCUGGAGCUGCAGGGCUUGGGUGUAGAUGUCUAUGACCAGGAUGUGCUGGAGCAAGGGGUACUUCAGCAGGUGGACAGCGCCAUCCAUGAGGCCAACCGCGUGGCCCAGCUUGCCGAGGCGGAGAAGGAGUAUCAGUCAGUCCUGGACGACCUCACGUCAUGUACGACAUCCCUAAGGCAGAUUGAUAGAAUUAUUGAACAACUUGGCCCUCAAGCUGCCACCAACAAAGAUAUCAACAGGAAGCUAGACUCUGUAAAACGACAGAAGUAUAACAAGGAACAACAGCUGAAGAAGAUCACAGCAAAACAGAAACGCCUCCAGGCCAUCCUUGGAGGAGCAGAGGUGAAGGUGGAACUAGGCCCCGGCAGUCUGGAGGAGGAGGAUGCAGAAGCAGAGCCGUCCUGCCUUGGCAGCAUGCUCAUGCCCGCUCAGGAGACCGCUUGGGAAGAGCUCGUCCGCACUGGUCAGAUGACACCUUUUGGUACCAAAAUCCCUCAGAAGCAGGAGAAAAAGCCCAGAAAACUAAUGCUCAACGAAGCAUCAGGCUUUGAAAAGUAUUUGGCAGAUCAAGCGAAACUGUCCUUCGAAAGAAAGAAGCAAGCUCGCAAUAAAAGAGCGGCUAAAAAAGCUUCGGCCUCGGCCACUCCUGAGCUGAGCUCAGCGCUCAGUGAAGACAAACCAGACGAGAGAGGCGAAGUUGUGUCGAAAACAGAUAAGCGCCUGAAGAAACACAUCAAGAAACUCCAGCAGAGGGCUCUUCAGCGCCAGGGGCAGGUCGGAUUGCUAAAGGGAGAGAAACCCUGGGAUUGUGAUGUGAGACCACAGGCACAGGGGGCCUCUGAGGGUGAAGAGUCGGAGUACUUGCCCACGGAGGAGGAGCUGGAGGAGGCGGUGGGCGCCGACCUGCCCGGGGAGGGCGCCGACUGGGAGCAGAGGCUGGUGCUCAAUCGCCGGAAACGGCAGAAGAAGGUCACCGUACAGGGGAUUGAUGAUGACUUUUUUCCAAGUUCUGGGGAAGAAGCUGAAGGCAUGGGAGGAGGUCGGAAAGUGGUGAGAUGCCGAGACGAUGGAGACGAAGAUUAUUAUAAGCAACGAUUAAGGAGAUGGAAUAAACUGAGGCUGAAGGACAAAGAGAAGAGUUCGAGGCUUGAAGACGAUUCUGAGGAAAGCGAUGCUGAAUUUGACGAAGGUUUUAAAAUGCCGGGUUUUCUGUUCAAAAAGCUUUUUAAGUACCAGCAGACAGGUGUUCGGUGGCUGUGGGAAUUACACUGCCAGCAGGCAGGAGGCAUUCUGGGAGAUGAGAUGGGAUUGGGCAAGACCAUCCAGAUAAUUGCCUUCUUGGCAGGCCUGAGCUACAGCAAGAUCAGGACUCGUGGUUCAAAUUACAGGUUCGAGGGGUUGGGUCCGACCAUAAUUGUCUGUCCAACAACGGUGAUGCAUCAGUGGGUGAAGGAAUUUCACACGUGGUGGCCUCCAUUCAGAGUGGCAGUUCUGCACGAAACCGGGUCCUUUACCCACAAAAAGGAGAGACUAGUUCGAGACAUUGCUCAUUGUCACGGGAUUUUGAUCACUUCUUACUCCUACAUUCGACUGAUGCAGGAUGAUAUUAGCAGGCACGACUGGCACUACGUGAUCCUGGACGAGGGACACAAAAUUCGGAAUCCAAAUGCUGCCAUCACCCUUGCUUGCAAACAGUUCCGCACGCCUCAUCGCAUCAUCCUGUCUGGCUCACCGAUGCAGAAUAACUUGCGAGAGCUGUGGUCUCUCUUUGACUUCAUCUUCCCAGGAAAGCUGGGUACAUUGCCUGUGUUUAUGGAGCAGUUCUCAGUCCCCAUCACCAUGGGGGGGUAUUCAAACGCCUCCCCAGUACAGGUUAAAACUGCUUAUAAGUGUGCGUGUGUCUUACGAGAUACCAUAAAUCCAUACCUGCUGCGGAGAAUGAAGUCGGAUGUCAAAAUGAGCCUUUCUUUGCCAGAUAAAAAUGAACAGGUCUUAUUUUGCCGUCUUACAGAUGAACAACAUAAAGUCUACCAAAAUUUCAUAGAUUCCAAAGAAGUUUACAGGAUUCUCAAUGGAGAGAUGCAGAUUUUCUCUGGACUCGUAGCCCUAAGAAAAAUCUGCAACCACCCUGAUCUCUUUUCUGGAGGCCCCAAGAGUCUUAAAGGCGCCCCAGACGAGGAGCUAGGGGAAGAUGAGUUUGGAUACUGGAAACGUUCCGGGAAAAUGAUAGUUGUCGAGUCCUUGCUGAAAAUAUGGCACAAGCAGGGCCAACGAGUGCUGCUGUUUUCUCAGUCCAGACAGAUGUUGGACAUCCUUGAAGUGUUCCUCAGAGCCCAGAAGUAUUCUUAUCUCAAGAUGGAUGGCACCACGGCGAUAGCUUCCAGACAACCACUGAUCGCAAGAUACAAUGAGGACACGUCCGUGUUUGUGUUUCUUCUGACCACUCGCGUGGGUGGCCUAGGAGUCAACCUGACGGGUGCAAACCGCGUCAUCAUCUAUGACCCCGACUGGAACCCAAGCACAGACACGCAGGCCCGGGAGCGCGCGUGGAGGAUCGGCCAGAAAAAGCAAGUGACGGUGUACAGGCUCCUCACUGCAGGCACCAUUGAGGAAAAGAUUUACCACCGACAAAUCUUCAAGCAGUUUUUGACAAACAGAGUGCUAAAAGAUCCGAAGCAGAGACGCUUUUUCAAGUCCAAUGACCUUUAUGAGCUGUUUACUCUGAGCAGCCCUGACACAUCCCAGAGCACGGAAACGAGCGCUAUCUUUGCAGGAACUGGUUCAGAUGUUCAGACACCCAGACGCCAUUUAAAAAGAAGACUUCAGCAGGCCUGUGGAACAGACCCGAAUGUCCCAGUGGGCAGACAGUUCCCUGAUGGUAAGACGUCUGCAAACGCCGCCGUCUCAUCUGAAGAGAGACCUGCAGCAUCAGGCAGCGAAGUGCGUGCAGGAACUUCUGACCAAGGCAUUCCUUUGAAAGACGCGCUUCAGACACCUCAUAGUCUGACCGGCAGUGAGAGGCUUGGAGAAGAGGCAGAUGCAGUCUCCAGACCACGGGAGUCCUUAGUGAUUCAUGAAAACGGGGACAGCUCAGAUUCUCCAAGAACCAGCAGAACGUGCGGGACGUCUGGUGAGGAAAGCACCAAUGCAAAGGAGAGUCUUUCUGAUAAAAGAGAAAGCUGCCAGGUUCGGAGAGAACCUCUUUGGGAGAAUGAGCAAACGGAAAAUAAUUGUUAUAAACACAAGUCAAAAAUGAAACAUCACGUGGCAGAAGAGGCCAGGGAGAAACACCUGAGGUCGAAUCAAAAGCCGGAGAGCUCUAAGCACCGCAGAGAUGCCAAGUUUGAGGGAACUCGAAUUCCACACCUGGUGAAGAAGAGGCGGUACCGGAGGCGAGACAGUGAAAACGAGAGCGAGGCCAAGGAGCGCAGCCACGACGACUACGUCCUGGAGAAGCUUUUCAGAAAGUCAGUGGCCGUGCACAGCGUCAUGAAGCACGACGCCAUCGUGGAUGGAGCCAGCCCAGACUGUGUCCUGGUGGAGGCGGAGGCCAACCGCGUGGCUCAGGACGCCCUCAGAGCGCUGAGGCUCUCUCGGCAGCGGUGUCUGGGCGCAGCGAGUGGUGUGCCCACUUGGACUGGCCACAGAGGGCUUGCUGGUGCACCAGCAGGAAAAAAGAGCAGAUUCGGUCAGAAAAGGAACUCCAGUUUCUCCCUGCAGCGUCCCUCUUCAACAUCUCCAAAGGAAAAAUGCCAGGACAGCACUGUGAAGAAGGAUGGAAAAGAUCAUGUUUUGGAGCAUUUUAGUGGAAAAGUUGAAGAUGCAGAGUCUUCAUCUGGGGCUCUCACUUCGUCCUCACUGUUGGCGAAAAUGAGAGCUAGGAACCACCUCAUUUUGCCAGAGCGCUUAGAAAGUGAAAUUGGGCGCCUCCCAGAAGCCGCCGCUCCGCUGCCCUGCAGCACAGAGCAUGAUGACCUGCUGGUGGAAAUGAGAAACUUCAUUGCCUUUCAGGCCCAAGUUGAUGGCCAGGCCAGCACCCAGGAGAUACUGCAGGAGUUCGAGUCCAGGUUAUCAGCAUCACAGUCUUGUGUCUUUAGAGAACUCUUGAGAAAUCUGUGCACUUUUCAUAGAACUUCUGCUGGUGAAGGCAUUUGGAAACUCAAGCCAGAAUACUGCUGAGCAACAUUACUCUCUGGACUUCUAAUUGACUUUUCUGAUGAAAAGAUUAAUUAUUUAAUUAUCAUGUUUGUCAGUGGAAGUUGGCUGUAUUUGAUGUUUACUUUGAAUGAUAGCUACCUCAUAAAACUUUGGGGAAGAAGAAAUUCUUCUCCAAAACUUAAGUUUUAAAAAUACCUGGGUUGACUUUUUUUUUCCAAAAUGAAUUAUGUUAUAAAUUCAGGGACCUAACCGUUAAUCCUUGGAACACACUUGUUCUUUUACCCAGAAGAUGCUAUCAGGGAACACAUUACUUACUACUCAUUGGAAGGUUAUAGACCAGAACUUGCAAGAAUUCUUGUUAUUGGUGCUAAAAACAUGUCUUA